CUCUGUCAAGCCCUCUUCUUGCUCACUUCUCGCCUCUGGCCCUUUCUACCUUCUUCCUCUUCAUCCGACAAUGACCAGCCUAAAUUAUUAUUUCUUCAACAACAGGCCGCAGCGACGGCAAUUUGCAAUCUUUUGAGUAGUGGUAGAAUUCGCCGCGCUAUCUUCACUUGGUUGAGCCACGUUGAAAAGGGAGAAGAGGCGAAAGAGGAAGAGAAAGCGAACUCUGCCUUUUCACAUAACAGUGCAUGUCCUCUCGAGGUUGGGGAAAAUGCGGCCGCGAUUGCCAAAGAUGCUGAAUCCGGCACUUCUUGUAACCUAUCCCUUACCAUAAUCUUGCCUCAACUUUUUGACCAUUCGUUGAAAGCAGCUGCUGGCCUCAUGCAUUCACCAUUCCGUCAACUGGCUAGAUUGGGUGUACAAAUAGUUCGUAGCCUCUGUCCAUUUGUUGGCAAACUGAUCUUCGUCUCCAGCAUAGUUAGUCUCAAUAUUUUCUAA